UAUGGACUUGGUGGACCACGGGAAUUCAGAGGACGAAAGAAGAUUUAAGAAUUUAGCUACAAAAAUCUUAUCAAAUGGAGUCGAAGUUUUGGUCAAAGACAAAAACGAUGGCAAACAAGAUCAGGUAUAUUUUUUAGUUUACUUGAAUCUGUAUGGUUAAGAUUUAAAUCAAGUUUAUUCCUCUAGUUUAAUACUUGUGUCACGGAAAUUUUUAGACUAACUAUAAUUCAAUUUUCGUAAUAAGUCUUCUUAUGUGGAGGAAUGAAUUUGGAUUUAUUUCUUUGAUUUGUAAUGUAUGUUCUAUUAUUUAUUUCCUCAGCGGAAAAUAAAGCUGAUGCAAGUAUCUUCAUACCAACUACCAUUUCAUCACGCAUCAUCAACUAAAUCAUUACUAUCAUCGGCGGUUGCAACCGUUUUCAGCCGCCAGCAAAUGAGUGCUCUGUUCCCAUUACAUCAACUUAUGCAGCACAAUUACAUUAUCAAGACUUGUAUGACUACAUACACUUAUUUGACAACUGUAGUCCAAAACAAAAGGAGUGAUGUAUCUACGUUUGAGACUAUCGUCUCAGUGAUUACAACUGAGUCAUUGACGAAUCUGCCCAUAUUUGCUACAAAUAUAUUUGCAGAUAUUAAACCCACAAACGUAAGGAUUUUUCGAACCCUUGUUUUGCCCUGGGUUGCGAUAUUCCUGGUUACCAAGGUUACCAAAUAACCUCCCAUUAAGACCUUAGUAGACCCUUUAUUGUACUAAAACAAACAAAUUGGUGUUCCAUUAUCCAAAUUAAUAAUAAAUGUCUUGGCAUUUUAACCGAAUGAUGAUCCUAAACAUAUGUUAAAAAUAAUCACCUCAUGAAGAGGUGAAUAUAAUAUAAAAUAAUAACAUUAUUUUGAAUUUUCCAGACGAAGUACAUGGAAGUGAAAACAGUUAAGCCAUCGUCGCCGAGUAAAAUAUUUCAAAGCAAUUUUGUCAAAAUUGAGAAAAGGAUCGACAAUGAUAACAGCAAUAGUUUCGACCUUAUUCAGCCAUCUGAAGUUAGUCACACGCCAUGUACGAGUUCUUGCUCUUGCAGCCAUACAAAAACAGAAACCUUGAAGACAAAGUAUGCCAACGCCCAUGAUGCUUCGGCUCCUACUAAGUACGCGAUGAAAACUUCUAAGUAUGAUGCAGCUAAGCUAGACCUUAGACCUACCAAUAAGGAGACACUUGAUAAGAAAACAAAAUACAAUCCCUAUGAAUACGAUAGUGGGUCUCUAGCACCCACUGAUAAGGUAGUUGAAAAGUACACGGAAGUCAUUAAUGAUUAUUCGGAUGAGAAAGAUUCAAAUUCGGUUGAAGAAAGUGAACUGCUCACGAACGAACAAGCUCCUUCUCUACCUAAACCAACCAAAGCUCCUGUAACCAAAAGCCCUGAUAAGCAGAAGCCUGAUAAAACACAGAAACCCAAUAAGAACACAUUUGUUGUUGCUGAUUUAUUAAAACUAGGUUCACUAGGGAUUAAAGGUUUAUCGCAACUAGCACCUGUCCUGGAGAAAAUGACCGGUGGAUUUAUAAAAAGGCAAGAGAAUAGAACUACUACAACAACAAGCAAACCUGCAUCGAAACUAACGGCUUACAGCGUCAACAAGCGUAUUGAUACUGACGUGGAUUCGAAAAGUAAUUUUCCUAUUUACAUACCUGUAGAUGAGUUAGAAACGUCUGAGUCACAAAUUGGUUUUACUAAUGCCACUUUACACCAGAACUUGGCAUGGGUGACGGAACAUAAACAACCUAAAGCUAGAAUUGCACCACCGAAAAUGAUUCAUGAAAGUCCUUUGGUGAAUGGAGGAAUACCUAUAAGCCCCGGAGAAAUCAUUACUGCAAAUUCAGAUGUCAUUGUUGGGAGGCCUGCAGUGGGAGGUCCUUUGACACUCGCAGCUAGUGGAAUCAAACUACAGAACCCAGUAAACCCGCCGCCAUUAGAUAGUUUUGCGGCUGCUGACGAACAAUACUUGGUGCACGAAAAACCUUCUACCUUUGAGCCACCUCCUACCAAUGACCAGGCUGUUAUUUCGACUAAAGUUGACGAUUCCUUUGAUUUGAGACCCCCAGAAUUACCCAAGCUGAUGCAGAAACCAAUAAGGAGUCCGACUCGACCUUCUCUGCCGCCGUAUAAUUUCCACAAUAAUAACGCGCAUAGCAUGAACCCUCCAUUGAAAAAUAUGCCGCGUCCAUCUAUGCCACAUAACAAUGAUCAUGCUAUAAAACCGGAAAAAGUUAAUCCUGGCACUACUGUUCUAGGAAAUCAUGGGCGCCCUGCAUUUUAG